CCGUCCGCUCGCUCCCUUUAUACAUCUACAUAUACCCACCCGGCCUUACUUUCGUGUCAACGCUCAUCCGUCUAUACACCCUACCUACUCACUUAUACACAUUAUCCUCACCCACGCCACUAGACGGGGGAAACACAAGAAGAGGAACAGGAAUAGGCCAACAAGAAAGGAAAGAAACUCGAAAAGGAACCGAAAAAAGCCGGAGUCGUAAUUACCACCACGAUGGCGCCCAUCCGCCUUCUCGCGCUGCCGGCCCUCGCCGCCGCCGCCGCCGCCCUCAACCUCGCCGAGUACGUGCCGUCCUGCGGCCAGCCGUGCCUCACCGCCACCAUCGAGAGGAACUCCCUCUGCAACGUCGCCGACAACAAGUGCGUCUGCAGCGAAAUCUAUUCGCUCAAGCGCAACGGCGAGGCCUGCCUGCGCAGGGGCUGCUCCGUCGAGGACUAUGGCGCCGUCAUGACCGGCUUCGACAACUUCUGCGCCGCCGUCGCUGCUAACCCGCCAGCGGAGUCUACCCCUCAGCCUACUCCCGAGCCUACGCCUGAGCCCACGCCCACUCCGGAGCCGACCACGGAGCCCGCCCCUGGCACCACGGAAGCGCCGCCGCCGCCGCCAGAGCCGACGACCGCGACGACCGCGGCGCCGGAGCCGACGAGCGAGGCGCCCCCGCCUCCGCCGGCGUCGUCGUCGUACCCGGAGCAGUCCGCGCCCGAGAGCAGCAGCAGCAGCAGCACGGGCGAGUCCGCGACGUCGGAGACGACGGUGCCGGGAGCGCCCUCGUCGACGACCGAGGCCGAGCAGCCGCCGCCGCCAGCGACGACGGCGCCCACCUACCCGACGACUACGGGCAGCGUGAGCGCCCCGACCGGCGGCAACAGCACCGUGCCGCACAGCCCCUCGGGCCCGCAGUCGCAGCCCCAGUCGCCGGAGCAGCCCACCGCGCCCCAGGAGCAGCCCCCGCCGACCGAGACCCCGCUGCCGGCCGGCGCCGCCCGCAUCUCCACGUCCGCCGGCGCGAGCGCCCUGCUGCUCGCCUGCGGGCUCGUGUUCCUCGGCUUGUAGACAGCAGGUCUCUCUCUCGCCCCAGGCUGUCGAGAGCCGGAAUAUAUGCAUAUAUCUAUAUAUACCGACGCGUAUAUCGUCCGGCCAUCCCAUCACGAAUGUCUCUUCUCUUUUUUUCUCACUCUUUCCUCCCGCCUUGUUCGGUUCGAAACGUACUGCUCGGGCCAUGCUUGGUGGUGAUGAUGAUGACGACGAUGGCGGGGUGAGCGAGCUGGCUCGGUCCGCUCGCUCGCCCAGGUGUUUUUAAUGAUGUCGGCCGGCCGGGAAGGAGGAGCGCGAGAAGAUAUAGAAGAAAAAAAGAUAAAAUAUCGCUUUGCCUACCCUACUUCUCCGCACCCUCUCCGGCUGGCU